GGGGGUGGGGGGGGGCAGACAGGAUAGGGUUACUUUUGAUGUGUGAAAUUCAUCCUUAGAGAAAAUGGCUGUUGUGUCAGUGUAAACAGCCUGUGCAGUACCUGCAUUGCUGAAGGGGGAAGGAGAAGAGGAGGAGGAGGCGGCACAGACAUUGGAGCAAAUGUUACCUCUGCCUAUGAAUGUUUCCUGCCUUUAAGUAGCCCAAGCCUGCUGGUGUUCACCUCUUAACAUGCAUGUUGUAUGUUAAGCUCUUAUGGAGGAAGACCCAUCAUCGCCUCCACAGACCCCAAACCAAUGGGAGGGCAGCUGUACUGACCAUGAGACACAUUAAAAACUAAACGACAUCAACAUCCACACUGAAAUAAACGGAAAUAAUUUGAGAAAGUUUGCUUGAGAAACCUACACCCAAACAUGGCUGUGAAUACUGCCAAGACGUCAAGUUUUCUCUCCACAACUGCAACAACCGCCAAGGACCCCUUGCUCUCAACAGGCCUCGGACCCAGAGAAAACAUCACUUCAAGAGCAUUUAUGACUGUUACCCUAACAACGACAGCAGCAACAACAAACGAGACCAGCUUUAACGCCACUGCGGUUCCAGACGUGGUGAUUGAGGGCUCAAAUGUUGGAAUGCUGCUGGUGCCUUUUGGCAUCAUCACCCUCAUUGGCUUAGCGGUGGCAAUAAUGCUGUACAUUCGGAAACGGAAGAGGUUAGAGAAGCUGAGACAUCAGCUCAUGCCCAUGUACAACUUUGACCCGGCUGAAGAACAGGACGACCUGCUGGAACAGGAACUGCUGGAUCAUGGACGGGAUAGAAGCCUCGCAGGUCCAAAUGCCAAGUUUUGACAAAAAGGCAAAUAUGACUCUUACAACCACCCAGGGGACAACGCAGAGACCCAGUCGUUUGGUCUUCACAGAUGUUGCCAAAGCUCUCAAUGCUUAACAGCCCCUCCACCCUGACUGGUCAACCCCAGCCUAUAGGGGAGCUGUUGGCCGCAUACCCAGACACAGACUGUCACUAAUGACGGAAAAACAAAGGGAAGUUGACUGUUUUAGGUUCCAACUGGAGGACUGAUAAAUGUUUUCAUCACAACAUGUCAAGUGGCAGUGGUUGUAUCAAAGAAAAUACAAAGUGAGAACAAUGCAAAGGGUCAUUUAUGACCUUGCACUAUUAUUCACUGGGGCACCUAUUAAGUGUGACACCUUGUUUUUUUAAAUCAUGUUCUGUCAUUGUUAAAAUAUUUGGUAGCAUGUCAGUUUCUGCGAUCUACCUUUGUUUCAUAUGAGGAAUUUGUGAAUCUGUUAUAGUGGUUUUGUGGUCUUACACCUCUGGCAACCCCGUAAGCUGGAAGUCUCGCCAUCCUCAGUCUGUUUUCCUCUCUAUUUGUCUUCUGAACAGAGUGUGGAGUAAUAUUGUUUCCAUCUGUACACAUUAAAAACUUUACAAUCCA